AUGGUUGCCGAAGUGAUCGAUUACCGCGUCUCUAGACUCGUUGUUCUUUGCAAGGAUUGUGGACAUGAUGUUGGUCUUUAUCCAGCAAGACACAAAUGUGGCACUCCGUCCCCAGAUGCACUGGUGGUACCCCCAAUACCCAAAAAAGUUUUAGCCGGUUCUUCAUCGUCGUCUAGUAGUGGGGGAGCUACAAAUGGCUGGGCAAGAUUGAAAGCUGCAAAGAGUGAAGGCAAGUUAUCUGCAAAUAAUACAAGUUCUGGAACGCAGAACUCUGUAAAUACUAGUGCGGGAUUAACAGGAGAUUCUCAUGAUGGAUUAUGGAACAAAUUGAGAAAUGUCCGUAAUUGGAAAGACGUCGGUGAAGGCGCUGUUCCUUCUUCACAAGGAUCCCAAGGAGCGAAACUCUGGGAUAAACUGUUGAGUGCUACGUCCACACUUAAAGCUAAUAUGACUGCGGAUUCAGACAAUGAAGGAUGGGAAGGUGAAACUCAUAUCUCGCGAAUUCUUCGUGAAUAUCAUGAAAAGAAAUCCGAUGAACUUCCUGAUUGGCUAUAUAGUAAAGAAGACUCUCGACCAAGAAAACGGGAAUUAUUGUCUGGAAAGAGUUCUGAUAAAGUUGCAUCUCCAAAUUCCUCGCAAAGAGGUUCAAUAGAGAAGAAUGAAGAGGAGCAAUCUUAUCCAAAGAGAUCAUUGUGGGAAUCUGAAUCAUCUUCAACUCCGGCAAAACCAAUUGCAGUGCCGAAUCGUAUGGGAUAUCAAUCAAAUGGAAAUACGUCAUCUUUACCAAAUAGUUACGAUUCCGGACGUUAUACGGAGCGAGGUAACACCAAACAACAAUAUGAAAGCAAUAGGCAAUAUUAUGAUGAUAAUACUACGAACAGAGCGAGAAGUCUUAGUCCAAAUCCUAUUUCUCGUGGAUAUUCUCAGGAUAACUACGAUAAUAAUGGAUAUGGAAUGUAUUCUGGAACUAAUGAUGUUGCUGCAUCACGAAGUAGAGGAAGAUCAUCUAAUAGACAAGGCGGCUAUUACGGAUGA